AUGACAAAAAUUGCGCGCCCUGAUUUUGAUGCCACUUUGGCGUCCCUCUCUCAAACCCUUGUCGAUAAAUUCCACGGUAUAGGGUUCCCUGCUGAUGCUAUCGAGAUGUACAGAAGGUGUCUUCUGCUCAACACACAAGGCGGGAAGCUUUAUCGUUGUUGGACAGUUCUCGAUACCGCGCAGGCCCUCAAGGAUGACGCCUUGACCGCAGAACAAACACAAGAUCUGAUGAUUCUUGGAUGGCUGGUCGAGAUACAGAACGCGGGCUACCUAAUCUGGGAUGACAUUAUGGACGGUUCAGAGACUCGCCGUGGACAACCCUGCUGGUAUCGCCGCGAAGAAAUUGGGCUCAUGUCUAUUAAUGACGGCUGCCUCCUUGCAUCGACCGUAUUCAUCGUCUUAAAAACUCAUUUUAAAGAUCACCCGGCGUAUCACGAUCUCGUCGAAGUCUUCCGAGAAACUGCGCUUCAGAUUGAGUUCGGACAGUCAUAUGACCUCCUCACAGCCUCCCGUCAUUACGGAGGACUUAGCCAGUUUACCAAAGAGAAGUACGAGUUCAUCAUCGAGCGAAAAACUGUAUACUACACUUCGUACACCCCGAUGUCGUUGCCCCUUGUGUAUCUUCAGCUUGCCACGCCAAAGAAUUUGAAAGAGGUACGCAAUGACUACUUGGAUGUCUAUGGUGAUCCUAAGGUUACGGGCAAAGCUGGUAGCGAUAUUCAGGAGAAUAAGUUAACUUGGCUCAUCAUCGAGGCCCUUGAUCGGUGUAACGAGAAGCAGAGAAUGGUCCUGGAGGAGUUCUAUGGAAGCCAAGAUGACCAGGAGGUUGCCAAGGUGCUCGCUAUUUUUGAUGAACUCAACCUGAAAGAUUUGUUCGAGGAAUGGAAGGACGAAAAAAUUGCUACUACAAGAAAGAUGAUCGAAAAUGUCGACGAGUCAGAGGGAUUGAAUAAAGAAGUCUUCAAUGUAUUUUUGGCCAAACUUGAUGGAGACGCUAUGAGAAAGGUCGGCGUUGCAGUUGUCUAA